AUGGAUUGCUACUUUCUCGAUUUCACUGGAAACUCAACACAAUUUCAGGACUCUUUGAAAAUAAUCACCUGCGUCGUUAACUCUUUACUCAUUGUACCUACUAUUUUAUCAAAUGGAUUAGUUAUAGCCACAAUAUGGAGAAACCCGUCUCUUCACUCAUCGCCUUCCAACAUACUUCUCCUGUGCCUUGCUUGUUCAGACUUCCUAAACGGGCUGAUAACUCAACCAAUGGAAGUUAUUCACGUGGUUGGAGAGCUUACUUUGAAUGAACACUUGUUCUGUGUACCAGGAGUCGUGAUGGAAUCGACCGCUUGGUUCGCAAGCGGAAUAUCAGGAACAACCGUUCUCGCUCUAAGCGUGGAUAGAUUCCUCGCUGUUACGAUGCAUUUGCGUUACAGUCAUUUCGUAACAGUUUUCCGUACCUCGAUGUUUGUGAUUGCGAUAUGGCCUUUAUUUUCUGUCAAUGCAUUUGCACGUGUUAUAGGAGUCACCAACUACACUUUUUUAUUAACUAACGUCAUCAUUAUACUUCUCUGUCUUGUAACAAUAUUGUUGAUUUACUAUAAAAUAUUUCGAGUUAUUAACCGUCAUAGGGUGCAAAUUCAAACUCAAAUGUCUUCUGUGGCACAGUUCAGUGGUUCUUCAACAACCACCGAGGAGCUGAAGUCGAACAAGUCACUUUUGACUGUAGUGUACAUAGUUGGACUGUUCUGGUUAUGUUAUCUCCCUUUUACAUGUGUCAUUGUGAUCUAUCUUGUUACUGGCAUAUCGUCUUCUCUAAGAACAGCUUAUGCAGUAACAGGAACACUUGUUUUUGCAAAUUCAAUUAUUAACCCUGGACUCUACUGCUGGAGAAUAAGCGAAAUUCGUCAAGCAUUCAUGAAAUAUAUUGGGCACACUAAAGUGAACAUAUCCUUGUCUGGUCCAAUAAACUCGAAGAACAAAUGA